AGUAAAAUACGGUGGACUUAAAUGUAUCACAUGACAGCGUCCUUUAGCGUUUCAUGGCAUCAAGUCAGACUUUUUUACUUCUCUUUUUCUUCUCCAGAGAUCAGCACUCUGCAAAAGAUCAUCUCCUUGCUGGUGGAGAUCAAAGAAGAGCAACAGAAGCAGUGGGUGGUGCUGAGGGACAUCCAAGCCCGACUGCAGGGUCAGACUGCUGACGACGAAGAGGAGGUGGAGGCACUGGACAUGGAGCUCCCUCUGAGGACCCUGAAGGAGCUGGAUGAGAUGGAGACCCAGCUGGAGGACCCAGCAGUCCAGAAGAGAAUGGUUGGUGUUGGCUCUGAGCUGAACUGGGUGGGCCAAGAGGAGCUUCAGGAACACUCGCCUCCAGGGGGUGCUCUUCCGUGCUCUGAAGCGAACUCCAGUAGGUAAGGAGGCUACCCACCACCAAUAUGCUGAUGUGGUGAAACGAUGGCUAUGCUUUGUGCCGUUCAGAAAGGGAGGGAGUGGCCGCCGCCGCUGGAAGCCUU